CUCGUCGUCGUGUUCGCGAUCGACGAGCGACCCCCGCGAGAGAACGCUGCUGCGAGCCUGCGAGGCGAGAGGAAGAGCCCUACACGCGCGUCAUUAUGUUGUGAUGCAUUACGCGUUUUCCUGACGGCGAGAGUCCGAAGACCGACGUUUUUCGCGCGCGAGUGAUACUGUCGUGUCGUCGUUGUCAUCGCUGUCGUCAGUGUUCGGUGUCAUCCGGUUUGCUGAUUAUCCUCUCGACUGGUCGACCGUUCGCUCGUCCGUUCUUUCUUUCGUUCGUCUGUCUGUCUCGGUCUGUCUGUCUGUCCGUCUGUCCGUCCCCGCUCGUCUGCCUGCCCGCUCGCUCGCGUCCUUCGGUUUGGUUUAUCAGUCGCACACAGAAUGACGCAGUAGACGGACGCGGUACGCGUAAAGGUGCUGGGCCUCACGCACGACGCACCAUGAGAAGAUAUAGUGUCACACGGUGAAAUAAAAUUAAUUUGGAGUAAAAGAUGUCUGCAGAAUCACCAAGGCGAGGUGUGCAUAAAGGAGCUCAAGUUAUUUCACCUCAACCUAUAGUAGACAGAUCCAUUAUUGAUAGCGUUGCUGGAAUCAUCAAUGACAUAGUGCCACAGGGAUAUGCUGGAGUAUCUAACUCUGAUAAUAAGGAAACCAUAUCAUGGGCACGAUUUGAGUAUGCGGAUAUAAAUGAUCCUGCUUUAUAUCCUGAUUAUAAUGAAGGUUCCAGUACACCACCAUUGUUAUUGGUGCUAGGAUAUGCGACUGGUGUUCAAAUAUGGCUAAUAGCAGCGACGGGAGAGGCAACGGAGGUCUUAUCAUGGCGACAAGGCGUGGUUCGUACCCUUCGAAUUCUACCAAAUCCAAAGACUGACGACGAACAUGUCGACCCAUUCGAAGCAAAACGGCCAAUGCUAGCGAUCUGCGACUCGGCUGGUCCGGGACCACAAUUUUGCCACAUCAGUUUCAUCUCCUUAAAAACCAGCGAGCAAGUGAAAAGCAUAAAAUUCAAAAAUCCUGUCUGCGAUGUGCUAGCGAACAGGCGAUCCGUGGUUGUGACAUUCUUAGAAAAAAUUGCGGUCUUUGAUGCCAGAACAUUAGAGGAUGUUAUAACAAUCACUACUUGCUACGCUAGCCCUGGCCCGAAUCCAAACCCUGUCACUCUAGGAACACGAUGGCUUGCUUACAGCGAAAGAAAACUAUUACCCGCAAGAAGGAGCAGCGGUGGUUGCGAGGGUGAAGGUGUACAGAGUUACACAGCGACGGUGUUAUACGCGGCGAAGUCACUAGGCAAGGGUCUCCGUGGACUCGGGGAGACGGUAGCUUCGAGUCUGACAGGGAAUUCCGUCUCGCCGAUGGCCGUCAAUAGUACAGGCAAUGACGUGACACAGCCGGGUGUUGUGACGAUAUUGGAUCUUCAGGCGGCGAAGGAGGAGAAAGAGUUGGAUGAUACAGAUAUAGAGACUGUAAUUGCUCAUUUUACUGCCCAUAGUGACGCGAUCGUUGCCAUGACGUUCGACUUAACGGGCGCGCUAUUAAUGACAGCGGACAGAAGGGGACAUGAUUUUCAUGUAUUCAGAAUUCAACCGCAUCCCGGUGGCCCGACACUGGCAGCAGUGCACCACCUGUAUAUUUUACAUCGCGGCGACACUACCGCGAAAGUACAGGACAUGGUGUUCUCGAGUGAUACACGUUGGGCCGCAGUUUCCACCGUGAGAGGUACUACUCACGUUUUCCCUGUCGCUCCUUACGGUGGUCUCGUGGGUGUGCGGACACAUUCUACGCCUCACGUAGUCAACCGAUUAUCGAGAUUCCACAAGAGCGCGGGCCUGACGGACGACGGUACCCGGUCUCAUUCUCCAGUGUCUCACGCGGAGCUACCUCUGUCUGUUUAUCCGUACACAAACCCUCGACUUCCACCGUAUCCUCUUCCAACGAUAUUACAUCCCCUAUCGCAGAUACGACAGCCUUCUUCUUUGAAUCACGUCAACAGCUCCUCCCAACCGAGACCGCAGCCAAGACAACGAUUACAUUCGGACGACGGCGGAACCUUGCCGUUGAAGAUUUGCGUGUGCUUUGCUCCGCCGAGAGCUUGGAUGUAUGCGCAAAGGGAAUCUAGCAGCAAAGUUGUCAAGAGAGCCGUUGAUUCCUUAUUUAUCAUGGCGUGUCACGGCAAUCUGAUCCAAUAUGACUUAGAACCUAAACCAGCUGCUGGAGUACCAAAAGAAAAGGUUUGCGACGAUACUAUGAUCGAGUUGGAAGUCGAAGCGAGGGGUCAAUGGCCGCUUUUGCGAACGCCCAAUUCAUCAGAAAUCGUCCCACCAUUGCCUUUAUCUAAUUCGUUAUUCAGCGUUACGUUCGCACCGAAGAACAACCAGGAAUACGACACAGCUGAGGAUCGUUGGUUGAGCCAAGUAGAGAUCGUAACGCACGCUGGGCCGCAUAGGAGAUUAUGGAUGGGACCGCAGUUUGUCUUUAAAACUUACAACGCGCCCAGUGGGGUGUCUGUCAAUCUAGUUGAAGCAGAAGCGGUCGAAAUCGGAGUUACCUCCGGUGGGUCACGUCCAGCUAGGUCGAAACCCGUUAAUAUGCCGCAUGCAUCCUCUAGACCAUUGAUGCCAGUUGUCAUCGACGGAUCUGGGAGCAGUUACGAGCAAUCGCCGAGAUUCAUGGAAGCUUAUGGCGAUCCUUCGGACAACGAGAACGUGGCUAUUGGCAGUUGCGAGAGUCAGUUGAGGGAAGAUCUUGCGGAAGCUAUGCUCGAAAUAUCCAUCGCUUCGCACCGUGCUCCAGGUAGGCGAUCGGUAUUUGAGAGGGUGGGUCAGCCCAUAACUAAAGUCGUCAACCCUCUUGGCACCGUUAUUACCGUGUCAGCCGACGAGGAGGACAAUGUUAGCAACUCCGGUCGAGAGUUGUUUGACUUUGCGGAGGAGAUACUUGCACCGGCGGAGGCACCUAGAAGCAUAUGCGCCGAGGAGGGCCCGGCCUCGCUCGGCGAUCUGGAACCGCCGGAGUACGGCCAAACAUUGCGUGAUCUGACAGAGAUUUGCGCAGAAAUGCGCUCGACCAGCGAGCCAGCGAUCGACAGCGUGCCCGACGAGAACAUAUUAGAGUUGACAGAACGUCGAGCUCUUUGUGCAGAGAUGAGAACUUCGACAACCGGAAGCGGUAACAAUGUCUCAUCGAUUGACUUCGAAAGGGAGGAGGCCUUUCGUGACGUGCCAACGAGUCUGAGCCUAUGCGCCGAGCAAGGUGAGAUCCCGAACAGCCCGAUGACGCGGGCCAAAGAAACUGUCUGGUGCUGCAAGAGGUCAUCAUCAGGCAAGCGUGACGAUCAUGAGGAAGCGCGCGAAAGAAACUUCGCCAAGGCUAAGUAUGUCGUCAGCUAUGAUGACGACAGCGUUACGCUGAUGGAAAAUAGAACGACGACGACGAAUACGGCGACGGCGAUGGCGAUGGCAAUGACGACGACGAUGACGCGCGUCAAGAAUACGAUAGACCAGACGCAGUCAUCCGUAGACAAAGAACAACAUGUGGUCGGGCAAGGAGCGCUGAAUAAAUCUGCAAGAAAAGAUUCCGAGAAACAAUCGUUCAAGAAACUUGGAUUAUCAGCGAACGUGUCGUCAAACUCGGAUUCUGUGCAGAAACGUCCAACGGAACAGUCGACAUGCAUGGAGAAGUACGUAGUGAAGGAGGAUGAGGACAAUGUCAUCAUCGAAGACGCACGAUAUAGCGAAUCGACGGGUGUCAAUACGCAUAAACAACAGAAUAGUCUCGACGAGAAAACGAAGGACAUUGGCACUGAGGCAACGAAGGUAAGGUCGUCCAACGUAGCAACCUCGCGCAGAAACAAGUCAAAGACUGUCGUUACAUCGCAGAAUUCUUGUUCUGGGAAGAACGGAGCGGCAUGCGAGACCAGAAAAAGUAAGCGCGCGAAGGAAAAGUCUUUCGUGGUUGGGUCGCAUGAACUGCAAUCGACGAGCGAUAAAACGAGAGAGAACGCCAAGCUCGAAACCAUGCUCUCGGAAACGAAAGCAGGUCUCUUGAGCGACGACGACAAUGACGACGACGAAUUGCCACCGUUGAAUCCUUCCCCCCUAGACGACUUCAGUUCCAUCGAGUACCAUAUGCUGGCGGAGGCCGCCGGUUUUCCGGCCGGCAAAGACGCUGCCACUUUUUCUAUUCAGUCGGACGACGACAUUGAGCACAUUCACAUAGACUCCGAGAUGAUGCAAGUACGAGAACGAACAGAAACCGGCGGCCGCACUGGCAGGGAUACGAUGUCCCGGUUUUCACACAAUCAGGAACUGUUUUCUGUAACGCAACAAAGGAAGAACAGCAAAAACACCAUCUCGGACGAUGAUCUGGAAUAUAUACAUAGCUCCGAGCUCAGCGACGUUCCGGAGCGUGCCGACACCGCGGUCAAGUAUUCCUCUAGGAAGCCGGACGAAGGCACUAAUGAUAGUUUACACGUAGCGUGUCUCAAGCACAGCAAACACACGUUAUCUUUCGACGAUGAUUUGGAACAUGUGCAGCAUUCCGAGAUUCAUGAGUUGGAAUGCACAUCUUUUACAUCUCAAAAACCAUCGGCGGCGACGGUCACUGCCGCGGUCGAAAGAACCUCGACGAGGCAAGAGACAUUGGCAACGGAACAGCAGACAAUUCCGAAAUCCUUUAAGACAAACAAGAGACGGAAGGACAUCAUGGUGAUCGACAAUGAAACCGCGAAGGAUACGGCGGAGGUUACCGUGAUUUACAAUCCUUUGGAGGAAGUCUUCGACACCAAGUGUGGAACAGAACGCAAGGAUAAGCUGGAAGUAACGUACCCGGUGAGUCCUACGAGGAAGGCCAAGAGUCGCGGCACUUGGAAGACCACGAAUUCCUCCUCUUCGUCGUCGUCGUCGUCGUCGUCGUCGUCGUCGUCGUCGUCGUCGUCGUCGUCGUCGUCGUCGUCAUCGUCAUCAUCAUCAUCAUCAUCAUCGUCGUCAUCGUUACCUGGCAAACAAGCUCCUCAAUCUAUGGCGGGUGUCGUCGAGAUCAUUGACAUCGACGCAAUGCAAAAAGUUGAGGAGAUAGACGCAAUGGCAGCAGGCAACUCCAAAUGCAAGAUAUUACCGUGGUGUCAAAACGCUGUUAUCGUUGGCGCGCGCGCCAAGAAGUUCCACAGGAGCAAGAAGUUGCACGUGGACAACCAGUCAUCGCAGGACAGCACAGUAUAUUCGCCGUUCCAUCCGUCCAAAGUAAUGAUGGCCGAAUUGCAGGAAGCCGUGGAGGAGAUGCCCGUGGUCGAGGCCAAGUGGCAGGAGCCAAAGCCGCAAGCCGUCGCAAACACGGAGGUAUCCUGGAGUUCAAUCGUGAAGAAGAACGUCUUCUCAUUGUUGUCAGACGCGUCAGAGGCGACACCUCGCGUCAAGGAACGGAGCCUCGAGCCACUGAUGGAGGCGGAGGAAAGAUUGCCGGAGAACUUUGGAAACCAGGAUCUGUCGUCUGAGUCGACCGCGCCCACGACGACACGCAGAUGUCGAUGGCUUAGUUUUAUGUCUAAGCAGGAACGGCUUGACGUGGAAAACAAUGACGUCGCGACAGCGAUGACGAAGGCGACGGUGGCAGUGAUGGAGCUGAAUGAGAAUAUUUCCGUAGAGCUUCCCGCACCGACGGUAUUCAAUGACCUGAAAAAUCCUCGCGACAGCGAUGUCGAUGGCGACAAUAGUGACGUUGAUGACGAUAAUAAUGACGACGACAACAACGAUAACAACGUUCGCGACAACGUCAACGUUGCGUGCGUAAGCUCGCUGCGUAGAGCCAAGACUCGCAAGAUCGAGUCGAUGAAAAAGAAGACAGAGAACAGUUCCCGCGUCUCGGCGGAAAUAGUAACCGACCGACGACUGGUCGACGAUGACGAUGGCAGCAACAACGGCGGCGGCGACGCCGAGACAUGUCUAGGUAACGCAGCUGUGAAAGGAGAAUCGCAAGAAUCUUCUUUGCAGCUCGCUACAGUGCGCCAUCGGCAGUACCAGCCAGAGGACAGCCAUGCGGCCGUGGAGCAGGGCGUGCUUUCGGAAGCAGCUCGCAACGCGGCUGAAAGCGAACUCGAGCCUAGCGCUGACAAGCAUUGCGACUCGAAAGAAUGUAACGAGUCAUUACCUGAGCACUCGACUUCGUCGAACGAGCUGACCAACGCCACGACGCUCGUUACAUCCAAUGUCAACGGUGAUGGCAACGAUGCUACUGAUAACGGCGAUAACAACGCCUGCUGCACACAACAGGACUCCGCAGGGAAGCACAAAGGCCACACAAUGUGCUGGCUAUAUUCUGGCUAUAAAUCCGCCGUGUACACCUCAAUGAGUACUAGGAAAGUUUACAACGGCAGGUCCAAGAGAAAAAAACACAGAUGAGUAGAGGAUUGCGUGGAUGUACCUGGGGCCAGCCUUGCCCUGUACAUACUCUUGAUGCAAGUCACAGGAGUGGAUUAGCGUUCUUUAAUAAUAGCGAGGGAAUCUAUUGAGAUCGCUUGGUUGUUCUCCUCUCUGUUUUGUAGAAGAAUCUAAACAUAUAUCGACAAGAGCUCUUAAGGCUUAUCUAUGGCCA